CAUUUUAAUCUGCCUCUUUGAUCUGUCAACGCAGGUCGGAAAACUGGGGACUUCCUCAAACAUCCUCACCAAAAGAGCCUAGCUAUGUAGAUGCCCGGUAUAGAUGAGACAGUAUUCUACGCUCAUGGUUUAUAGGCCUACACCAAUACAUUUAUCUGUUUUAAUUAUAAGAAGUUGCAUUUUAAGAAAAGUGGUUGAUUGGGGGUUGAUUAGUUGAUCUAUCCUUGGCCUUGAGUAAUUCUGUGUCCAUGUUGCUGAUGUUGUCUCUGCACCCAGCCGGGUCUCUGCAUGUGUUCUUGAAAUGUAUUGCUCAGUAACGAUUAACCAGAAUAUCGUGCCAGGAAAGGGCGCGUAAAUCAGGCACGGUGAGUAUUGGUUAUCUCCCAACGAAUAGCACUGCUGUCUCACAGAAUGUCUUCAAGUCAAAUCAUCGUAAAUGUAAUACUCUCCAAGUUCAGCUUCAUACAGACUAAAGGCAAUCACAGAAGGACGGGUAUUUCAUCAUUCAAGAAAUGUUUUAUCACAGCAUUGGUGAUAUCGGUGUUAUUUAUUAUCACUUGGGUGUUUUCAGUUUCCAAAAGGAUCAGCCUGGCUCUAAGCUUCGGUGCAAAGGACAGCAGGGGAGUUAAACAACACACGACACAAUACAUGCUUACACCUCAACACACUUUUGGAUCAUUUGGAUUGGACCAUCUUUUUGAUGUCUUUGUUCAUAACGACACUUUAAUCAAGGAGUACUCAAACUUCAAUGCUCUGAACCUGACUUCUUCAGCAACAUCCGUGUUUCAGCCGGUCCGACAAGGGUACCAAGUUGGCGAUACUGUUGAAAUUCGGAUAGACGCUUACAAUGGGAUGGGGUACCCUCAGACUGCUGGUGGUGACUUCUGGUUUGUUACAGUGGCAUCGAUCGACGGGUAUUUCAGAAGUGCCGCCCGUCUGGUGGAUCAUCAGAAUGGGAGCUAUUCGGCUUAUUUCUUGGCGCCGCGUCCUGGAAGACUUAACUUGCAAGUUAUUCUAGGUUACCCAUCCGACACUGUAAGGUGGUUGAGUGAGGUUUAUAUGAAAGCUGACGGUUGCUUCACUUGGGCUGCAAGAUACAAUCGUUAUGGGUUUGGUGAUGGUCAAGGGCGAUGCGUUGUGAAACGAGGAAUGAACCACCUGUUGAACGAAAACAUUUGCUUUUUUGGCGCCAAUGAGACCGGGAUGGGCCAGAGCGCUCUCAUAUGCACCAAACCCAAUGGAUUCAUUUGUGAUGAUAUCAGAUCUAUAAUGUCUUAUGGACAGUAUGCUGGAAUAGAUAGACCGGUUAAUCAGCUCAUUGUUGGAAAGAAAUAUCUAUUCAACAACACAUUUUACAAGACCAACUUGAUAUCACCCAAGUCAGUGUAUCACAUAGACAUCGCCGAAAAGAGUAAUACAGGAAUGAUGACUGAAGUCUAUGAUUACAAGGUGGAACGUCCCAGAGUACCUUGCCGUGACGGCGACAGUAGGAACUCAAGUUUACUUCCGGAAGGAUAUUGGUUAGGUCCCAGAUGGCAAUCACUCGUCUGCGCCAACAAACGGUGGGAUGAUGUUGACGAAGUCAAGAAAUGUCUUACUGGUCACAAAAUCAUCAUUUUAGGCGAUUCUAUAGGAUGUCAGUGGUUCCGAGUGCUAGAGAAGAAACUGGGCGACAAAAAUGUGCCAAAUUCGUAUUAUCAUUGUACCGAGGAUAUGACGCACACGGUCCUUUACAAAAGACAUGUACUCUCUGCGGCACUUACUGCAACUUUUAACUUUGUUGGUUUAGAGCGCAUGUUCGAAGGGGAAUACAUGGAUAUGCUCAACGACACGAGUGUAACAUACAUAAUUUUAAUUAGCAUGUCGGCGCACUACGCCUCGUGGAAUAUGGACAGCUAUCGAGAUAGAAUGCGUUCUAUUCGUGACGCCAUCGCGCGUAUGCGUACGAGGCUCGGCGACGAUCGCGUAAUGGCCGUCGUAAAAAAGUCUCAGCCCCGAGAACAGCCUUCGUUUCAAGCUCGUGUGCACAGUAAUGACUAUGUUUUCAGACAAAUGAGUGGGAUAAUGGAGGAGGAGUUUGUCGGUAUUGAUGCAAAGAUGAUAGAUACUUGGGAUUUGGUUACAUCUUAUCAAAACCAAGUAUUUGUUCAUAUGCCCUGGCCAUGUAUUAAUGAAGAAGUUGAUUUGUUUCUUUCGUAUUUAUGUCCUUCGUGAAAAAAAAAAUCAAAAUAUACUAUGUAACCGAAUUGGCCUACAAAAUUGUGAAAUGUUCACUUUCACUUAUCACGAAUAAUUAGGCCUAUAUCUGAAUGACAUGUUCACUUGUGUAAUUCUGCUCUUGAUAAACCAAAACUUUUGAAAGUCUACCUCUGUGAGUGUGAACUCCAUAUACGUGCAUCCGCUUCUUCUAAAGCCGUCCUUUUUUGGCAAUUAUUCAAGUCGAUUGACUUUAUUGAUAAAGUGGCCAAAACAAUUAACAAAUAUCAUAAAUAUCAGCACACUGUUUGGGUGUUCCUGGACUUUUCCAAGACCUUCGAUACCAGUAUUCACCAUGACAUUAUUUUGCAAAAAUCAAACCAUUAUAUGGUAUCCGCAGGAAGGCCUUGGAGUGGUUCAGGAACUCUCUUACAAAUCAUUUGCAAUUAAUGGUCAAUGUUCUUCUAACUUACAUGUAAAUUGUGAUGUCCCUUGGGAUAUUGUUUGCUUGGUCCCUUGUUAUUUACUAUUUAUAUUUUUUUUCCUCGUGUCAGAGGUUGUUUAUUCAUUCAAUUGUCAAGUUAACAUGUAAUAACAUUCAGGGUCUUAGAGACAACAUCCGAGAUGUCGUCUAAAAGAAUUUCAUAUUUAAACACAUGCCAUAUAGAAUAACUGUUGUAUGGUUUACCUUGAAAAUAAUUAAUCAUAUACAUGAAAUAGAUUGCAUAUUGAGCAUACACAAGGACUGUAUUUAUAUCUGUUGCUUUUUCAUGUGUGAAAUCAAAACCAACUAUUAAUAAUUUUUCGUUUAAUACAAUUUUUUCUUUAAACAUUAAAUUAAUCAAAUCCACAAAACUUUUCCAGAAAAGCUUUACACUUAGGCAUUCUAAAACAACAUGAACAAAAGAUUAUGUUGUUUUGCAGAAAAAACAUAAGUUGUCUGUUACAAUUUUCCACCUCCACAAGUUGUAUCUAAACGGUAAAAUCCUAUGAAGAGUUUUGAAGUUGAGUUGCUUUAUUUUAUUGUUUUUCAAUGUCUUAAACUUAAAUUUCAAUGUGUCUUUCCAGUCAAAAUCAAUUGCAAGGUUCAAUUUACCUUCCCAGAAUGUUAAAGCAGCCGGUUCUCUUUUCUUAAAUUCACACAAUAAACUAUAGAAAUUGCGAGACUUCAUUGAUCGUAGUCUAAUAAAAUCAAGCGUUCUAAUUUCGAAUACGUCGCUUCCGUAUUGUGAAUUUGUUUCAUGGUUAUCUGCAUAACUUAUGUCUAGAAUUCUUUCGAUCCAAAUUUUUGGUAUCGCAUUUUUCAGUUUCGAAUACAUAAAGUCCAUUAACAAAGAAUUUGAGCCAAGCACUCGACAAAUAUGUUCUCUUGGCCGAAAUCGUCCAUUUUCUACAAUGUCAUUAAUCGUUAUAAUGCCUUUUUCAAACCAUUUUUUAAAAAUAAAGGUUUUCUAUCAUGUGUGAUAUUACUAUUGUACCACAAAACUUGAUUUUUAACAUUUACAAUAUCUGGAAACUGAAUAUAUUUAAGUUCACUCCAAGUAAUGAGACAGUCUAUAUAAAAGUCGGGUACCUUUUGUUUUGCGCACAACUUCAACAUAUCUUUACUGAAACAAUUUGUUUUCAAAAGUAAUAAAAAGGACAUAUUUUUUCAAUCCAAUAUCUAAACAUAAACUUCCACGGUACAUCAUUAUCAUUUUCAAAGAAUCUACUCAACCAUGAUAAAUGUAAGGAUUGGAAUUUAGAUUUCAAAUCUAUCAUUCUCAGUCCUCCCCUUAUAAUAUCAUUAAUCAAGACUGCUCUCUUGACUUUUUCUCGUUUUGAAUUCCAUAAAAAAUUAUACAUCAGUUUAUUGAGAUCAACAACUAGUUUCUGGGGGAUGGGUAAUACAGAGGCAACGUAAACAAAUUGAGAAAUUACUAAUGAUUUAAGAAUCAAAACUUUACCAUAGUAAGUUAAAUUUCUCAUUUUCCAAAAACUUAAAAUUGAUUUAAAUUUUUGAAGUUUCAUAAACCAGUUCAGUCGUUCAGACCCUUUUUAUCACUUGUUAGAUACAUUCCUAAGUACUUGACAGGUUCAUCAUUCCAUUUAAUACCUUCAAUGAAUGCAUGUUGUUGUUGCAUAGUGACAGCAUUUAUUUUCAUCACAUUUAGGCUUGGCCCAGCAAAGAAACAAAAAAGUUUUACUUCUUCAAGACAUAAGUUGGCAGAUUGAAUGUUGUUUAAAAAGAGAACAGUGUCAUCUGCAAGUUGAGAUAUCUUAAAUUCUUUUGAAAUACCAGUUUCAGUAGAUACUACAGUGAUACCACUGAUAUUAAUAUUCUGCUUUAUUUUUAAUGCCAUAAUUUCAACAACAAGAAUAAACAAUAAAGCUGACAGAGGGCAACCCUGUCUAAUUCCUCUUUUUAUUUUUAUUUUUUUCGAAAUCCAACCAUUACUCAUGACACUCCCUCCAACAUUUGCAUAAAGGAUUUUAAUCCAUGUAAUAAAAGAUUCUUUAAAUUUAAGUUUGUAUAAUAUUUGAAAUAGAAACUGAUGGGUAACCGUAACCGUAUCGAAAGCUUUUCG